CCUUCGUUGCCCGCAUACACUCACUCACCACACACAAUCAUGGAGGAGGACGACGAUUUCUACGGCGAUGACACCGCCCCGACCACCAAGGCCGAGCCGGUCAAGGACGAGAAGAUGGACGAGUCGCUAGAGGAGGGCGAAGAGGAAGAGGAAGAGAGCGACGACUCUGACAUCGACAUCAUCACCGAGCGCAAAGACGCGCCCGCGCCGGAACCCGCGCCCCGCGGCGCCGGCUCCAGCUUCAACACCAGCUUCAAGACCGAGCCCGCCCGUGCCGCCUCCACCGACACCGCGUCCAAGGCGCACGCGCAGCCGCACGCGCCCGCCGCCCCGGCCAAAGGCGGCGCCCAGCCCGCUGAGCCGCAGAAGCCUGGCUCCAGCUACCCCGAAGUCCGCACCUCGAACAUCGACGUGAACGCGACGCCCGUGUUUGAGCCCGCGGGCAAGCCCAUCACCGAGGUCGACAUUGACGCUGACCUCGCCGAGCACGACAAGCCCUGGCGCCGCCCCGGCGCCGACCAAUCCGACUACUUCAACUACGGCUUCGACGAAUUCACAUGGACGACGUACUGCCUACGCCAAGCGAAUAUGGCGGCGGCACUCAAAGAGCAAAAGGCCGAAAACGCGAAAUUCGAAAUGAUGUUCGGGGGCGGGAUGCCAGGCAUGCCGCCAAUGCCAGGAAUGCCGGGGCUACCAACGGGCCCCUCAGGCGGGAGCAACAGCGGCGGGGGUGGCGGCGGUGGUGGCGGCGGCAACGGCGGCGCAGGCGGGGGCCCGGGAGUUCCUGGCGCGCCGACGGGCCCGGCCGCGCAGACGGGCGGCAUGGGCGCUGCUGGCGGCCCUGGCGCCGCUAUGCCGGCUGGUAUGCCGGGUAUGCCGCCUAUGAACGACGAUAUGAUGCAGCACAUGAUGCAGCAGAUGAUGGCGCAGGGCAUCACGGAUCCCAGCCAGCUGAGCUUCGAGACGUUCAUGCAGGGCAUGCAGGGGAUGCCGGGGGGCAUGCCUGGCGCGCCGCAGGGCCCGGCUGCGCAGCAGGGGGGCGGGUUUGGUGGCGGAGGGGGAUUUGGGCCUCAGGGCGGGUUUGGCGGCAGGGGGAGAGGUGGACGGCGGUGGUAGUGCGGCGUGGUGAGAGUGAUGGGUGCCGAGGGAAAAGGAAAUGGCGUUUGCGGAUGAAUGGAUGCCUCGGCGACAGCAGCGGCAGCGGCGUGCGUGUAAGGUCCACGCGGCUUGACCAUGAAGACGCGAGAAACGUUGGCAUGUAAGAGAUUACGGUUUAGUACGCGACAGUCCAACGCUUUACUUGUUCGAUUGCUCAUUCCGCUUCCACGUCCAUGCUCUCUGAUAUCUCACAAGCUCUGGCUCCACCACACAAAGCUGCGCAAGUGCAGAGCGUGCUGGUAGUCAAGACAGGGGAUAUAGGUAGGUAGGGAGGCAAUACAACACACAACACAAGCCACCCCACAGAGCGAGCGGUGGUCUUAGACACGGCUAAAAUAAACCAUACACACAUUCCCUACAAGCGCCAAAUCAAGGACAAGGACAAGGAC